AUGAAAACCGUCAUCUUCUUUGCUUUGGCAUCUCUUGCCAUCGCUUAUCCAUCCAGCUCUCCAGCUUCGGAUCCAUCAUACAAUGCUGCCUCUGAUCCAGUACCAGCUCCAGUUGCUGAUUCCACUUACAAUGUUGCUUCUGCCCCAGUAGUUGCUGCUCCAGCUUACGAAGCCCCAGUAGCUGCCGCUCCAGCUUAUGAAGCUCCAGCUGCUGCUGCUCCUGCCUAUGGUGCUCAAAGCAACGAUGUUUCUGCCUAUUCUGUUCCAGCUGCUGCCCCAGUUUCCUCUUACGGAAUGGUCGCCGCUCAACCCACCAUCAUCCCAGUUCCAGUUUAUCAAGCUCCAACUUACAACGAGCCACUCCUUGCCAACACCUGGAGAGGACGCGAUUUUGGCCGUUUUGAAGAUGUACUCUCUGAUCGUAGACGCGAUCGUUAUGGUGGUAGUAUCAGCCCCUACUUCUUCGGAAGCAACUACGGAUACGGAUACGGAAACAGAAUUUCCAACCCUUUCUAUGACGGAAAAGAUCGCAGACGUGGCCACAAACGCCAUGGAGGAAAGAAACAUAACCGCAAGCACAAUUGGAGCUCAUCUUCUACAUCUGAAGAAGA